AUGAAGGGCACCGCGAUUUUCCAAUUCAAAACAUGGCCGAAGAUUCAUCAGCCACUACCUCGAACUCCACGCCAGUCCCAGCAACUGCUCAACGCCCUCACCUCUUCCUUUCGACGCCAGCUGGACCACGCGUAUCCGGCCCCCAGCAGUUCCAACCCCAAUAGCGAUCGACAGCCCUUGAAUACCAACUCAUCCAUCCAUGCAACCGAUCAACACCUGCAUGCGAUCCUGGAUAACCCUUUGUUCCGCAUUGUGCCGCAGAAGACCAAGUCAACCUCUCGUGAUCAUGCCACCACAGCAACCAUCAAUGAGUCCAAGCAGGCAGUUCAGGAUCCCAUGGUUCUCUUCGAUCAGGCUGUCGCCUCGGGUUCUGCCACACCUUCUUUCAUCACAGACUGUCUCAAGUCACAACUACUUCUUGCUCGGUCAUUCGGUGAACAUGGAGUGCGAGAUGCCAUGAAGAUCACUCGAGCGGGCUCGAAAGUGGUUGAGUGGUUCUGGGCUUCAGACGGCGCUUCUAGGCAGAUGUUGUUACAGACUCGGGCGUCGACAGGCUCUCUGACCAAAUUCAUGGUCGCGGAAGAUCUGCAAGAUACCGUGAUGGAGUGGAUGAAAAUGCUUGUGAGCGGCAAUCUGGGGGGUCUCAAUGGCCAGAUGCCUGAAGACCGAGCUCGCAUGUCCUUCAAUCAUCUUCUCCAAGAUCUGAUUGAUGCCGAAAUUCGCUACGGAGCCGGACUCGGAUCGGCUAUCAAGUACUACCUGCGUGCAUGCCAUCUGCAUUUUUCCUCUGUAGAAUCGCAGGGUGAUUUGAAGGUCGCCAAGUCGAUGUUGCUCGCAUCCGGGGCUCAAUUAGCUCGCACGCUCAUGGACCAAAAGCCCUCCAGCGAUCAGAUUCCUGUUCAUACUUUUGAAGAGUUUGCCGAGACCAUCUCGACUUUGUCGUCCUCUCGGUCCUUAUUGUUCUCGUCCGUGGCCCUAUGCCACCCCACCCACCCGGACCCAACUCCGUUCAUUCAUUAUGUGGACAGUUUGUCUCCCAACAAGUUUCAGAAAUGGAACCAGGCCCGGCGGGAUGCCUUCCUUCGGAUCAGCUGUGACGCGCUUCGCACGCUGAUUGACCGCAAGAAAAUCCGCCUUGCGACCAGCCUGGGACACCAGAUUCAAGAACUGCUUCCCGAAGAGACUGCCACUGCGAGUGUUGAAGCGUCUCGCUCUCGCGCUACUGUCGAAGAGGAUCAUCUCUUGCAACGCCUGGAGUUGAAUUGGACAUGA